AAAAAAAAAAAAAAAAAACGUAGGGAAUUGGCAACCAUCGCCUACUCCUCUCCCGUCAUCACUAGAGUCUAGUCUACUGCUUCCUCCGUCUACUCUGUCUGUUCGAUCACGAAGGUAAUGACGCUGACAAAUUUCAACGGCGCUGGCGUUGGAUUUGGUUUCGGCGUCGGUUGCGGCUUCGGCGUUGGAUGGGGCUUCGGAGGAACGCCUUUGAAUUUCUUGGGUCUUGGUGCCGGUGGUGGCUGUGGGAUUGGAGUCGGCCUUGGAUGGGGCUUUGGCACCGCAUUUGGUAGUCAGUAUCGGUCAUCUAGGGUCACCUUCCAUGGAAUAGAAUUUGAUCAAAAGGAGCAUGAUAAUGGUGGCGAGAUAAAACCUUUGGAAAAAGGCACCCAGGAAGUUCGUGCUUCACAGUAGUUUUCACUUUGGUCGUUCCUAUUUGGAUCGACAUAGUUAUAGAAGGAAAAAAAUCAGUUAAAACUUGUACGUACGUCUUUUCGCCCCUUUUUUCUAAGAGUUCCAGAAUCAAGUUUAAGCAUGUGGAGCUGAAACAAUAUUGGCAAUAACAUGUUUUACUUUUUGUUUCUUCAUUAUUUGACUGCCAGUUUGUAACGUUUCCUUGACAAUAAUAGCAAUUUUUCUGUGUUA